AUUGCAUCAUGCGUGGCUGAUAUUUAAGUAAAUUUAUUUAUAGUCAUAUAAUUAUAAAUAAUGAUUGUCACCAUAAAAUAUAAAUUGUAACAAUAAGUAUAUUUAUUUAUGUCUACUUAAUAUUUAAGAUUUUUAUAUAAUUGACACUAGCAAUAAUUAAUUAUAAUUAAAGAAAUUGACAAUGCAUUUAACCCAAGUGGAUAGUGCAGUGUAUGCACCAUCAAUGAACCUGGUGGACAUAGUGAUUGAUGAGGUAGCACUGGAAGGUCUAGAUGGAAUAACCUUAGAGGCAUUAUGGAAGCGACUGUCUCUGCGGCUUCAAAUGCAAGAUGAGUUCCCCAAAUCCUUCAAAGAACAGGUAUGGACAAUAUGUACAUCAACAAGUGGAAUAUAUUUUUAUGAACUAGAGUCGCCGAGACCCCCGCUGGUUAUUUAUGAUCGGUAUGAGUACGUAGAUCCUGAUCUAGGAAUUAUAACUGAACCGGAUGACAUUCCUGAUGACAUUUACGAGUUCCAUCCAGUGGAUGAUGUUAAGAAUGGUAUCCAAGGGUCAUGCAAAAGUUAUCAUACGAGGAAGUUAAUUAAUUCGACAGAGUCAUUGACUCUGAGAGAGGCCACCAAAAAGUAUGGAUCAACUCUGGUGAUCGUUGGGUCUCAGGAGAUAAGAAAUCAAGCUUUGAUAGGAGAUUGCGUUUGUCCGACUUUAGAGAUGAAUGUAGUGCAGUAUUGCUUCUUGGAACGUGUAGGCAGGUCUCGGUACCACGGGGAAGUAACUCAAGGAAAACACAGUCUUAGUAUUUUAAAUGAAGAUCCUAAGUCGUUGUUUUAUUAUCGUAAAUUAUUGCUAAAGCAUAAAUUGAUAACGAAACAAGUCCACUAUCAAAAGACACUGGGACAUGGAAGUGCCAGCAGUUUGUUGCACUUACCGCGUUUCUACGUUGAACGUAAACCAAAAAUGGUCUAUUUAGCUGAGAGGAUAAUUGACAUUUUAAAGAGUCGCGAUAAUUAUCUGGCUGAUUAUAAAGAAAUAAAAAAGGAGUUGCAGAUUGAAAAUAGCAUAAAACGUUUAUUUAAAACUUCAUUCUUCCAGAAAGUCGUUAAGACAGAUUUAAUAGUACCCUACAGAGUGUUGUAUCCUGAUGCGCCUGAUUAUGAAUGGCAACGAAAAGCGUAUCCUUCUAAAGAAAAAAGAAUCCGGGCUGUACAGCUGGUUGAUCCUAAUGCCGACGUGAAUAAUUUGUGGAACAAAGAAGAGUUGGCUGAUGAUGAGGAGUCUUAUGAUCUUGAUGUGUCUAAUCAGCUGCUCUUUGAACCACUUCUUAAACAAGCCAAUGCUGUCGUUGAACGCGCGAAUGUCAAUGGGAUUAGUCAACGUGAUCUAGGUGUCCAAAUGGGCAUGACUAAGUUACAGUCCCGGACGAUUUUGAGAAACCUAUCGAAGCUGAAUGUCAUUGGUACUUAUAUGGAUGACUCGGGUAGGCAGAGAAUCGGUAAAUUUGUAUCUAAGAAAUUUGAAAAAGGCAGUACGAUUAGUAAACAAUUUAAUUCGGAGAUUCGUAAAAUGAAAAAGCUGGCAAAAGAUUCGUUGAAUGAUUCUGUCAAUCAAACAGCUACUACGGCUAUGGAUUUCUUUUAUCCUCUUGGUACUCCUGAUGACAACAUCAACAAUACUGACAAUAGACCAACUGAAACUAAUUACCCAAUUGAAUUCAAUGAUAAUCAGGAUAAUCAAGUUGAUGAUGAUAAUGCUGAUAACGAACCGCCUGAUCCUGAUGCUAAUAUUAUUAUAAAUCAUUUUGAAACUGUUGAUGUUGAUAAUAUUAUGACAGAUCAUCCUGUCAAUAUUAAACGAGAUAAUGUUGAUGAACAAAUAGUCAAGGGAACAGAUAAUCAAAUGAAUAUAAAAAUUAAUGAGACAGUUACUGCUGGAGAUAGUCAAGAAAACACGGGGAGAGAUGCUCCGAUUACUGCUAGAGAUUGUAAUGUUAAUAUUGAAAUGGAAAUUGAAAAUACUCCAAUAAAAUUAGAAGCCUUGAAUGUCGAUCGUUAUCACUUAUUUUCGGUUGUAAAUAAAAUUUUGAAAAAAUACGCAAACACUAACGUUAAAAAUAAAGGAAAAGUAAGGAAGCGAAGUAAAUACAAAGUUGGAUAUUUUAAUAUCGCUCAAUUGGAUGUAUCGAAAAUCGCUGGAAUAUCACGAGUUAAUCGUAGAAGACCUAAAGAAACUAAAACAAAGUCUGCAGAUGUUCAGAGUCAAAACACACAAGCAAAUAUUCCAAUUUCUGUGGAUACUCAAGAACGUAACCCUGAAGAAAUCGAGUCAGCUUCGGGUUUGGACACUCAGGAGUCCGUUGUUCCUGAAAGUACUCAAUCCAUUCCGUCUUCAGCCACUCAAAAAAUUAUUCCUCCUGAAAAUAUUCAGCCAAAUCCUUCUGCAGAUGCUCAAAAUUGUAUUCUUCCUGAAAAUAUUAACGCGCAUCCGCCAGAUAUUCAAGACAGAAUUACUUUGAAAAAUAUUAAGAGGAAUCCGGAUACCCAAGAUUGUAUUCCUUUGGAAAAUAUCGAAUCAAAUAUUUCCUUGGAUACUCAAAAUCAUAUUCUUCCUGAAAGAAUAAAUUCAAAUCUUCCGUCACGUAAGCGAACAAAUUCAAGUGGUUCUAUAGAUAUUGAUGAUUUUAAUGCGAAAAGAAUAAAAAUAAGCAGCAAUCUGUUUCAUAAUCAAGAAAUAAAUACCGAAGUUAAUACGGAAGCUUAUAGUAGUGAAGAAAACUUCAAUCCUGGAUUUUAUAACCCAGAAGAAUAUUAUAACGCUGAAGGUUACAAUCCAGAAGAGCAUUACAAUGCGGAAGGUUACAAUACAGAGGAGAGUUAUAAUGCAGAAGGUUACAAUCCAGAAGAAAAUUACAAUAUCGAGGACAAUUAUGAUAAAUCGUGGCUUGAUGACGAGGAAAAAAUAAUUGACGUAACAACAACUUCGACCGCGUUUACUUAUCGGACAUUAAAAAGAUUGAAUCUUAUCAUCACUGUUGUGAAAGAGCUUAAAAUUAUCGACGACCCGACGAAGCUGAUGAAAAUGAUAAAUGAGGAAGAAGAGCGUGAAGGGUACGAAGUUAAAAUGGACAAGAAGUCUUUAAUGCGGAUGCUGCAGCGCCUAGCGCGUGACAAUUUGGUUAAGAAUAUGAAAUUGACCCUGAGCGCAAAUAACCGUAAAAAAGUUCUAUACUUCGUUUGUGAUACAAAUAUUAAUGUCAAUCACUCGGUAAUUCAAUCAGCAGUCGAGCAGGCUAAAAUUAAAUUCUGUUUGAUGCCAUCUCCUAAAAAGAAGUCUGUUAAAAUGAAUAAUAUUGAGCAACAAACGGAUACAAAUGAAAAGACAGUAGUAGCUGAUGAUACUCCUACGGAAGUUGAAUCUCAAGAAGCUGGAGAUAAAAAUAAAUUUGACGCUAGGAUGAUGCCUGAUAAUUUGAAGUAUGAUUUGAAAGCAGGGAGAGAUUAUGGGUACAAACCGAAAUUCAUUCGUAUGAAAAUACUCCACAGAAUUUUGUACUAUUUAAUUUAUGAGUAUAGGGGAGAGAAUAUAUCAAAAAUAGAUCAGAUUGAAAGGCUGCGUGCCGAUGGACAUGAGAUAACUGAAAAAAUGGAACAAGAGAUGGGUGAAAUAUAUUCCAGAGAAGUUGACUGGAGGAUGUUCAUCCCACCUCUGCCGCAGCACAGCGGCUGGAAUGAGGGAUGGGCGAUGAUUUGCGACGUUAUUCUUCGCUUGCCACUUUCCGUUUUCCUCGAGGUCCAUAAACUUCCGUUUUACAUACCAGAUUUGAGUUACUACAUAAGCCACCCGAUAAGAAAACAUUAUUUGAUGAAAGAUCUUCCGAUAUUUAUUCGUAACGCUCUUCUAAUGAAACGCAGGUAUAUUUAUUCGAUUUAUGAAACCAUUCAGCGGCUUUGCUACAUCGGGUUGCUUCAAUUCGGCCCCCAGAAGUUUAAAGAAAAAGAUCAGGUGUUUGUCUAUCUGAAUAGGCGGAGUGAACUGACAGAUACUACGUCCUCAGCUCCUGGGUACCAUAAAAUUGAAGACAAAACUUAUCCAGUUACGGCUUAUACUUUUGAUAAGUUACAAGCGAUUGAAAAUUACUGGUAUGACAUGUGGCAGAUUUGUGUCUGUACUAGAUUGGGAGGCAGACAAGCUGUCGAGGGAACGGAAAUAACUUUAGAAGAAUUAUCAAAAAAACCGGAAAUGAUUCAGUGUUUGAAGCCACGAUCGGCACUUGAAGCUUCUACGCUUGAUCUAGGAAUCAUGCCGGGUGAUAAAAAAGGAGCAGCGGGAAUAGACUCGGCCUUCUUUUCACAUCUUAAGCGUAAUUGGAACUGGGAAAACUUUAGCACUAAUAUUCCAUUCAGUAAAAUGAUUAGAAAGCAACCAGAUCGUGCGCGUAACGCACGAUUAUCAAAAAUAGAAGCCAAGCCUAUUAAAUUCACGGAGUUCAAAGGUCUGAAAAAAGUCACCGGGCCUACGACCGUGAGUGUUAACAGCUCAAAGACCAAGAAAACUAAAGAAAAACCAGCAAUUGCAGCACCGCCUAAAUUAGUUGUAACUGCAGACACACAACGAUCGGAUAAAGUCGUCAGACGAGUCAUGCCCAGAAAACGUCAGCAACGUAAACGCGUUUUGUAUGAUGAUAUUGAUAAUACGGCUCUUCAACACAUGAAGAAGCUUCGUGUAGAUUGGGAUGCGCGUGAAGACAAUAUUCUACUGAUCUGUAAAAUGGUGAUGGUUUAUCUUUGCCCAAAUCCACGUAAUCAAUUAGUCUCAUUUCCCACAGUGAGAGAUGUCCUGAGAACUUACUCCCAGAAUUCUCACAACAAAACAUCACGCGCUUGUCAGCGAAGACUAUUGUACAUAUGUAAAAAACCUCAAAUGGCUCAUAGAUUAGCUCUGGGUAUCGAAGAGCUCAAAGAAAAUCACUAUAUCAACAAAAAGUAUCACAAUAUUAUUGAUAUUAUUCGUAAAACUUACAGUGCUAAUGAACACGAUGAUAAAAUAUCUAGUGUUUUUAAAACACUUUGUAAUUAUGUAGCUAAGAGACAUCAUAUUUCACAAAAGGACACCCAGGAAUCAACAUCACAGCCAACAACUCUAGGCGAAUUUAAUUUGUUGUACGACAUAAGUCGCCCGGAAAAACCCUACGCCAAUCAAGGCUUCACUAAACCAAUUAAAAAUGUAAAUGACAUUCAUUCUGCAACAAUUAAUUCUGUUAUCUUCAGCUCAAUGUGCUGCGGAAGAGAUCGUCGCUCGUGGGCCUACCAGCUGUUCCGAAUUUACCAACAGUAUCCUGAAAUUCUGUUGAAAAACGCGAUGACCAAAAUUCGAGCUGACGGCAUGGUCUCUUUAAAACGUCACUUCAAAACGGUUAUGAAAAAAAUCGGCAGCGGCAGCUGCAUGCCAAUGACCAGUUCCCAGUACCAAUUGAGCACAACCUACGUCUACAAAUUUCUUUCGAAAUUGCCGCUGGAACUCUACCGCGAGACGCAAGACUUUUUGCAAAAAUUAAUUGACGGCUACACCAAUAACUCCUUAGGAUGUGAACGGGGCAUCGAAAUUUACGCGCCCAACGGUGGAGUGAUUUUAGGCGCCCAAGAGCUUCUUGCAAGCAACAAUCUUGAUUUUAAUAUAAAAAUACCUGACCAUGUCAUCGCGUUGGAUUCAGAUCUUCAAGAGUACGAUAAAAAUUAUCUUAGGAUUGCUAAAAGGUAUCAGGAUAUCUUGUGUAACUUGGAAAGGUUAGAAACUGAGCAAGAAAAAGAGUCACAAAAUGAAUCUGAACGUGAAAUUCCUGUACGAGAUGAAUUACCAUCAGAUCUUUCUAUUGUUGCUGUUAAAACUCCGAUUAAAAAAUUUUCGUUUAGAAAAGAUUCUUGGGGCUGGCCAAAAUUAGAUACUAGUAAUCCUAAUAGCAGUUGUAGUAAUAAUAAUAAUAAUAAUAAUAAUAAUAAUAAUAAUAAUAAUAAUAAUAAUAAUAAUAAUAAUAAUAAUGAUAAUGAUAAUAAUGAUCGUAGUAAUAAUAAUAGUGAUAAUAAUAAUACUAAUGACAAUAGUCAACACAAUGUACCAAGACCAGUAAACAAAGAUUAUACUUUUGCACUUGAUGACAGCGAUGAUGAAUUAGAAAUAAAAACAACAAUAGAUAGUCGCGGGAUAAAAAUCACAAAGAGUGAUAUAGACAAUUGUAAGUCAUCAUUUAUUGACAAUGAAAUGCACGAGGCAUUCAGACAGACGCGAAUGGAUGAGCUUGAAAAUAUUGGUAGCGAUGAUCAAGAAGAAGAUCCGCGUGAAGCUAUGAUGCGUUUAGUUGAUGAGGUUUCCAUGGGGACAUCAAUUGACACGCUCAAUCGGAUAGUAAAUGAUCAUAUUCCCAUGGACAUUGAUGACGAACGAGUUAGCAAGAGCUUGAUACGUCUUGGUAAUCUUGAUCCAAACGGGCAAUCUGGUAGAGAUCGCGGAUUUGUCAAUGAAGAAGAUUUGAAUAACGGGAAUGAAGAAUCUGCGGAAAGCCAUAAAAAUAAUUCGAAUAUGGUGAAUGAUAUUAUUGCAAGUGUGAAUCGUGUUAAUGAAUCACGAAAUCAAAAUCGUGCGAGAGAUGAAGAUACUUUUGAUACGAAGAAAAAGCAUACGAGAAUCGCGUUGCUUCAAGUACGAGAGGAAUUAAAUGAAAAAUUACAUAAUUUGCCAGAUAGCCAUCACGCGCAUGAAUAUUUUGUCGUCAGUACAUUCGGAUUGUACUAUUCCGUGCCCAAGAUUGAUAACGAGAUAAGAGACAAUCCAGAUUUCGCUAUUGAUGAUAAAUUAAAAGAGGAUUUAUUUUUAUUGAAAAAUGAAUCUUACAAAGAUGUCGUCAAUGACUUGACUAAAUUUGCUGUUUUUCCAAAAGAUGUACCAGAUUAUGAGAGUGUCAAAGAAGACCUUGAGACUCACGGCAAUAUUCAAUCCGUUGAAACAGAACUAAUUUACGACUACAUACGCAACAAACGCGAGCAAGGCGCGACUUUGAAGGAACUGACUAAUAAAUUUUACCGAAUACUUGAGGAAAAAUUGUAUGACAUUCUUUCCCACAUGACUAAUUGUCGAAUAUUUUUACGUUCCGGUAUCACUGAGAUGCAUUACGUUCAUUAUCAUUACGCGGAACCCUGGUACGUGCAGUCGAUUAAAAUUUUGCGGCUACAGCGCGAGGCAUUGCCACACUUUCCGCCUGGUAGCGUUUAUGUAUUUAAUUCAGCGAAUAAUUACACAGAAUCCGCGAGUGUGUUGGACAAAUUUUUAUCAGAAAAAAAUAAUAAAAUAAUCGACUUUGGUGAAAUUAAUGAAAAUAAUGACAGUAAUAAUGACAACAAUGAAAACAUUGAUGAUGAUAACAAUGAUAACAUUGAUGAUGACAAUGAUCAAGAUGACAUUGAUCAUGACAGCAAUGAUAAUGAUAAUGAUAAUAUGAAUGUUGGUGUUAAUUCUGAUGCAAUAAAUUCAAUGGAAUUAGAAACCUCAGAUAUGAAAUUACUCAAUCAAAAAAGUACACGUGCAAAUAUGCGCUGUCUGUUACAAACUAAAGAUAUUUAUACAGCAGUUAAAAAAUUAGAUUUAAAUUCAGCAGAAAAGAUAAACGUCUUGGUAAGACCGUGGGUUCAAAUCGACGGUGUAAUUAAUCGUAUUAUGCUAGAAAAAAUGCUCGGAGCGAUACUAUCACACUGUUUAGUGCAUCCUGGGAUUACAUUAUCUCAAGUGCAAACAAGAUUUGUUCCAGCUUUGCAGCCUUAUCAUACCCGCGAGCUCGUGGAGAUACUCGCGAAACUGGAUUGUGUGACAUUAAGAAUUAUACGUAAACCACCGGGUACAUUAUUUUCAAAUGCGUCGUCAAUUAAAUUAUAUUAUCCAGUAAGAGCCGACGGUUCAUCAGAAAUUGAAAGUGAAAUAAUUAUCGAGGCAACGAUAGGCGCGACUAUUAAAUUUGGUACUUUCGUACGUUUUUAUCUCUCACGCAAAUCAAAUCUUAAUGAUACUACAGAUAGUGCUACAGCUAAAGAUAAUGGGACUUAAUCAGUCUGAAGAUAAAAUUAAUCUAUUAUUUUAAUAAAGUAAAAACAUU